AUGCGGUCUCUUGCCGCGAGUCUGACCCACCCGUCAGACAGAAUAGUGUACACUGUUCUCAUUCAGGCCGGUGGAGGGAGCUCUUGUUCACUUUUGCUGGCCUAAAGUUCCAAGAGCCGAGGGCUCAACUCUACCUGACAGUUGAAGAAGAAGAAGAAAUUCACUUUCACUUUAAUUAAGUUUUUUUCUUUCAUAUCCUUACAGCCUUUUUAUUUUUUAAUACUACCAUGUGAAAUUAAAAAAUAAAACUUUUGCUGGAGCUCCAUACUUCACCAUACAGUCAUACAGUAUACAGUCUAGUUAUCUAGAUCUAGAUCUAGUUCUUGUUGAUAUUAGCAACCCAAUAAAACCUAGUGAUGGGGAAAGAUGGACCAAGAUUUGUACAUAAAGAGAUUUUUCAAAGAGUUAACUUUUUAUAUCAGGCAGCACAGAUGGUACUAAAACAAGAUCCUAAAAAUAUUGAGCUCUGUAGAUACUACAUAUCCACUAUGAAAACAGUGGCGGAAAAGCAUGUCAUUAGAAUACAUCCAUGCAUAAAAAGAACUUAUUGCAAGAAAUGUAAUGUAGUCUUUGUAUCAGGAAAAACUUGUAGGAUCCGAAGUAGAAGUCAAAGUGAAAAGCAUACAGUUGUGACAUGCCUUCUAUGUGGAAAUAUCAAACGUUAUAUGUGGAGAAAAAAUUAUUCCUUGUGGCCAGAUAAAGAUGAGGCAUGGUUGCUAGAUAAAAAAGAAGCAAUUAAAAAUAGUUGAAUAUA